ACACGUCCUAUAUUAUCUAUAAAAUUAUUUAAGUCCAUGAGCAUUCACAAUAAUGCAUAAAGCUGUAAAAAUUGCUGUUUUUCUAUUACUUUCGACUUCAAAAGCAUUAAGCGAUUGUCCUGACGGAUGGUUACACCAUGGAUCUUCAUGCUAUCACAUCAGCCACGACAAGGAACCCAUGAUAACGGCUAGCGCAUCAUGCCAACAUAUGGGUUGUGAGUUUGUUGAGAUCGAGUCUGCUGCAGAAAAUGCAUUUCUCUUUGCCCAGAUAAAACCUUUGAAAAUUGAGGCUUGGCUUGGAUUGAAUGAUAUUCAAGAAGAAACUAUUUGGCAUUGGUAUGGAAGCAAUAGACCUUUAACGUCAACAGGAUUCAAGAACUGGCAUUCUGGAGAACCUAACAAUUUGCAAGACGACGAAAACUGUGCCUUAAUGUCUCCUGCUAAUGGUCAAUGGUAUGAUGGACAUUGUCAUGUUCCACUUCACUACAUUUGUGAAAAAUCGUAUGGAUCCGGGGAAAUUGUUGGAUAGGAAGAUUGUCUGACAAUGAAUAAAACUGUCUAUAAAUAAAUCAUCGGACGUUGUGAUAAUAAAUAAGUAAACUCUCUUACAGCAGAAAUACGUUAAAAAUGAAAGCAUAUAAUGAAAUUUUGUUUGUAAUAUAACUCAAUAAAUCAACAAGA